AUGGAUAAAAUCCAUAAGGAUUAUCCCCAUGCAACUGGUCAUCCGUUUUUUGGGGGGCUGAUCUCCAACUUGCUGGAGUCUAUCAACACCGACACGCCCAAAUUGGUGGAGUCUGUCAUCACUAACAAGCCAAUUUCACAGCUUGCCAAGCAUCCCAAAGUCCAGGAAGAGCAAGUUGCAUCCCUGUUGCCUGCCACAAUAGACUACAAACCCGCCAGUUCUCAGGGUGGCACUCAAGCACCUGCAGGAAGUGAUAUGGUUGUUAACCCAGAAAGCACAACGGUCAGCCAGAAGAAGCUUAAGCUGAAAUUAAAAUGGUCAACGCCAUCAGCACCUAAGGAGCAUAAGGAAGCUGAUACUUUGGGUUCUGGAGGGCUGACCGGAAAGUCAAACGCAAUUGGUUCUUGGAGGAGCAAGCAUGUCACCAAAAAUGGGAAAUAG